AUGUCGACUCUCACCAGGGCCUUCACGAAGCGCAGCAAGCGCCCUGAGGUUUCCGCGCCGAUGCCUUACCGUGAGGGACAUUCUAAGUUCAGUGCAGGCACUAUCAACCGAGGCAAAAUCUCUGCGCCCGUUGAGUUAUUGUCGACCACAAACAUGCUGGCCUACAAUGCUCCGGACCUUCAUUCUGCGUCCUCCUCUUCAACAUCUUCAAUUCAGUGGCCCGAUGAUUCAGAUGUCUCCUUUACACAGCGAAGCUUUGGAUCGCCUGUCACAACGCCGGGUGAAUCCCCCGUUGAUGCCGAUCCCGCCCCUCUACCCACUUACUUUCCCAAGCGCUCAGCGACUGUUAGCAGCCACACCACUCCUCGUUCCUCAACAUCCACUGCGUCUUCAGCGGAGGCACCUCUAGUACCCAAGCGCGCUCUGUCUCAUACGAAGCGCUCGCAUCAAGAGCUAGCCCGCAAACGAUCUGUGUCUCGACUGUCACCACCUCCCUUGAACUCGACACGCAGCACCUCCGCUGUUCGUCAAGGUUCUGAGGCUUAUCACAUGGAACCUCACCCUUUUAGCAAAGAACUUGAGCAGGUGAACGAGGUCGUCGAGGAGUUCGGUGGUACGCGCGUGCUCGAUGAGGAAGAACUGAUCUUGCGAGACAAAGGGUUGAGGAAGUUCACUGUUGAUGAGUAUCUGGUUGAGAUUGAAGACUUCUAUGGGAGCGUGUUCGAUGAUCGGCUAGGACCAAUAGCCUCUGGCACCUGGCUCUAA